AUGAAAUCCUUCAUAAUUUUGACCCUAUUGUGUGCGGGCACUAAUGCGAUCAGCACCGAAUUUUUUGAAAAAGUUAUGAAUGAACUGCAUGCAGUAGCUAUGGCUUGCGUAAAACAGGAAAGCGCUACGGCCAACGACAUGGUGGAACUUAUGGUGCAUAAGUUCCCUCCAAGCACCCACGAAGCAAAAUGUGUUAUAGCUUGUUUUUACGAGCACUACCAUAUGAUGACACCAGAAGGUACUUUUGAUAAACAGGCAACAAUUGACGCUUUUAACCCCCUCAAAUCUGAAGAUGCAGACUUAUAUGACAAAAUGUUGAAAAUUUUUUAG